CAAAAACGUUUUUCACUUGCGCGCAAUAUAAACUCACACACGCAAACCAUCACUCUUCAAAAUUUCAAAUCCUCUACUCUACUCUCACACUACUUCUCUCUCAUCACCCUCUCUCUCUCUACAAUAUUCAAAAUGUUAGCAUUCAAAUCCGAAGAACACAAUCAGCUGCAGCUCGUCGAUAGAGACGAGAUCGACGAUGAAGAAGAGUUGUUCGAAAUGAUCGACAAGUUGACUGCUCAUGGAAUUAAUGCUGGAGAUGUGAAGAAGCUUCAGGAUGCAGGGAUCUACACCUGCAACGGCCUUAUGAUGCAUACGAAAAAGAAUUUGACUGGGAUCAAAGGAUUAUCUGAGGCAAAAGUCGACAAAAUCUGUGAAGCUGCUGAAAAGAUAGUGAAUUUUGGGUACAUUACUGGAAGUGAUGCUCUGAUCAAAAGAAAAUCAGUAGUUCGCAUAACAACUGGAAGCCAGGCUCUAGAUGAACUUUUGGGCGGUGGGAUAGAAACUAGUUCAAUUACAGAAGCCUUUGGAGAAUUCAGAUCUGGAAAGACACAACUUGCCCAUACCCUCUGCGUCUCAACACAGCUCCCCAUUAAUAUGAAAGGAGGUAAUGGAAAGGUUGCCUACAUUGAUACUGAAGGAACCUUCCGACCUGAUCGUAUUGUGCCAAUAGCUACCAGGUUUGGCAUGGAUGCUGGAGCUGUACUUGACAAUAUCAUAUAUGCACGUGCAUACACCUAUGAGCAUCAGUACAACCUCCUUCUCGGUCUAGCAGCAAAGAUGUCAGAAGAGCCUUUCAGACUUCUGAUUGUUGACUCUGUCAUUGCUCUGUUCCGGGUGGAUUUUACUGGAAGAGGAGAACUUGCUGAUCGUCAGCAAAAACUGGCUCAAAUGUUAUCACGCUUAAUCAAGAUCGCUGAGGAAUUCAAUGUGGCAGUCUACAUGACAAACCAAGUCAUAGCAGAUCCAGGUGGUGGUGUGUUCAUAUCAGACCCAAAGAAGCCAGCAGGAGGGCAUGUGCUUGCUCAUGCAGCUACAAUAAGGUUGAUGUUCAGAAAGGGCAAAGGUGAACAGCGUGUCUGCAAGGUGUUUGAUGCUCCAAAUCUUCCUGAAGCUGAAGCAGUAUUUCAGAUAACAGGAGGUGGAAUCACUGAUGCAAAGGAUUAGAGAUCAGCUUUAUUUUCUUCUCAGAUACUUCAGAAAUCUAUAUAUUAGAAAUCAUUGAUGCUUGGUUCAUGUUUUCAGUAUGCCUGUUCUCCAUAUUGUAGCCUGUAGAAAAACAUGGUUUCAUGUGUUUAUUACGACAACUUCCAGAUCUAUAUAUAAUAUAUUAGAGCUUGUGAUUUUCAA